AUGGCAGGGAGGGCAUCGUCGAACAACCAGAAGUUGAACUCUAAAGCUUUGGAUGGGAACGAGAUGGUGAUGGGUGUUGAGGUUUCUCAAAAGCCUGGUGUUGACCUCAUGCAGAACUGUGAUCUGCCUCCGCCCAUGAAGGUUUUUACGGGGUCGGAUACAACGGUCGUAUCGUCCAUGAAUAGGAUACUUAGCGUGACGACCACAGGGAAAGAAGACGAUAACGACGAGUUUCACGUGUAUAUUAGUGGCGGCGAGAAUGAGAAGUUGGAGCUUUUGAAGGCUUUGAGGCUGUCACAGACGCGGGCACGAGAGGCGGAAAAGAAAGCGGCAGCUCUGGUUAAAGAGAGGGAUUGUGUUUCCAAUGCUUUGCUUGAGGAGGCAACGCGGUUGUUUGCUUAUCGGCAGUGGGUGAGGUUGCUUGAGCUUCAAGUUACACAAAAGCAGAAGGGUUGUGGCUAUGGCGGAUUGUUGAAAGAGGAGGAUCAUGGGGGUGAGGGUGGGAGUGGUGUAACAUGGUUCAUGGCUUUCGCAUUUUGUUUGGGAUUUGUUGGCGUAGGCUUUGUAUUUGGCUGCAGAUACUUAUUUUGA